AUGACACCAUUUCAAGCCUUAUAUGGCUAUCAAACACCACAUUUGGCAUUUCCCCUGCAUUCCACCACUUCUGUACAAGCUGUUCAGGAUUACUUACACGACAGAGACCACAUGUUACAAAUGCUCCGAGAAGACUUACUGAAAGCACAAACAAGGAUGAAGUUUUUUGUCGAUAAACACAGGACUGAAAGGACAUUUGCAGUGGGUGAUAUGGUUUUCCUCAAAUUACAACCUUAUCGUCAAACUUCAGUGGCUAUCUGUAAGAAUUUCAAACUCUCUUCUAAGUAUUUCAGACCAUUUGAGAUUGUGCAGAGGAUUGGUGCUAUCGCGUACAAACUGAAACUACCUGUUGGGUCUCGCAUACAUCUGGUGUUUCAUGUGUCUCAGCUCAAGAUAAAGAUUGGUCAACAUUCUACUUCUUCACCCUCACUACCAGUGGUGGAUCAGAAUGGAGCUACCUUGGUGGAACCAGCUGCAGUCCUUGACACCCGUCUUACACUCCGUGAUGGCCACUCUAUUCCUCAAUUCUUGAUUCAGUGGGUGAGUGCACCAGCAGAGGACGCGACGUGGGAAGAUACAAGUCACAUUAGAGCUCAGUUUCCUCAUUUCGUCCUUGAGGACAAGGACUCUUAA